AUGGGUAAGGGUGUCAAGGGUGCCGCCUCUGGCGAGCAACAUGAGAAUAUUGAGAUGUUCGAGCCUGCUCAAGGAAGCUACUCGGAGCGCCGCGACAUGACCAAGGAUCAGAUGGAGGAUGCUGUCCGCUCUGGCAGCGUUCCUCACGUCAACACCAGCGAAGCCGUCGAUAUCGCAAAGAAUGGUGGCUGGGAGGUCGAUGCCCUCAUGACAGAGAUGCAGAACGAAAUCAACUCUCAGGGUGGAGAUAACUACGGCCAUUUCGAUCUCCAAUUUAAGGACCCCAGGCAUUUCACUUGGCUUAUUGUGGCAUUCGCUUCCAUGGGUGGUAUGCUUUCUGGUCUCGAUCAAUCGCUUAUUUCGGGUGCCAACCUUUUCCUUCCCAAGGAUCUUGGUCUUAAUGAUCGCCAGAACAGUCUGGUCAACUCAUCUAUGUCGCUCGGGGCUGUCGGUGGUGCCUUCCUCCUCUCUCCUGCUAACGAAUACCUCGGACGUCGCUGGGCUAUCAUCUUUUCGUGUGUUCUCUACACCGUUGGUGGUGCUCUCGAAGCUGCUGCUCAGGACUACGCCAUGAUCAUCACGGCCCGUACGNNGAUCAUCCUUGGAUUUGGAGUUGGCCUUGAGGGUGGUACUGUUCCUGUUUACGUUGCGGAAACUGUCGAGAGAAGACUCCGUGGAAAUAUGGUAUCCCUUUACCAGUUCGCCAUUGCGUUCGGUGAGGUUCUGGGCUAUGCCGUUGCUGCCAUGUUUGUCACUGUAAGUCAUUCGCUUCCCGAAUAUCCCAAAGAGUUUGCUGCUGACCUCUUUAGNGUUCCUGGCAACUGGAGAUACAUCCUGGGUAGUUCGUUGCUCUUCUCAACUAUCAUGGGUAUCGGUAUGCUUUACAUGCCUGAGUCGCCUCGCUACCUCAUGCACAAAGGAAAGCCUGUAGAUGCCUUCAAGGUCUGGAAACGCAUUCGUGGUAUCGAGUCCCUGGAUUCUCGUGAGGAAUUCUACGUCAUGAAGAUGUCCCAAGAACAGGAAGAUGAAGAAGUCGCCAAUGGACGUGGAAACUCAAGGUUCCCCUGGAUGGAUCUCAUCACAGAGCCUCGCGCACGUCGCGCCUUUGUCUAUGCCAACAUCAUGAUCUUGUUGGGCCAGUUGACUGGAAUUAACGCCAUCACUUACUUCAUGAGUACUCUCAUGCAGCGUCUUGGCUUCAACGACCUCAAGGCCAACUACAUGUCUCUGGUCGGUGGUGGUUCGCUUCUGAUCGGUACCAUUCCCGCUGUUCUCUACAUGGAGAGAUGCGGUCGUCGCUUCUGGGCCUGCGCAACCCUUCCUGUCUUCUUCAUUGGUUUGAUCAUUGCCGGUGUUUCCCAGUACGCUGGCGGUCAGAAUGCUCAGAUGGGUGUCUACCUCACCGGUCUUGUCAUUUACGAGAUCUUCUUCGGAACCUACGCCUGUCUGACCUGGGUCAUUCCCGCUGAGUCCUAUCCUACUUAUCUCCGCUCAUACGGCAUGACUACUAGCGAUGCUCUUUUGUUCUUAGCGUCGUUCGUCGUAACUUAUAACUUUACCGCCAUGCAACACGCCUUUACUAAUAUUGGUCUUACUGCUGGGUUCUACGGUGGAAUCGCAUUCGUUGGAUGGUUCUACCAACUCUUAUUCAUGCCCGAGACCAAGGAUAAGACACUCGAGGAGAUCGAUCUUAUCUUCUCCCAGCCCACUAGCAAGCUUGUGGCCCAAAACUGGAAGAACGUCAAGGAAACCACUAAUGAUCUGCUCCGUUUCAGAUUCAAGAAGGUCUUCAUCGAUGCACACAAGAUGCCUGCAGUCGACUUCAGCCAGGGCAAGCACGAGCUUGGUCACCAGGCAUAA